AUGCCCAAGUGGGCCCACGUCGUGGCCUACGAAGAGGGCCAACCAGACGUGCUCAGCGCGCUCUCCUGCGGCUACCCGCGUUUCUUCCGCCAUCCCGUGGUCGUGGAGCUGCAAGCACUGGUCCAGAAUCAGAUAGUCCCUCCCUCGAAUGAUGUAGCCAAGUGGGAGGUCAUGGUCGUGCCAACGGCUGAAGUAGCGCAACGGUUGCACCGCUUUCUUCUCGACGGUCCCAAACCCGCGUCGGUCAAAAAUACCGACGUCUCGGUGCACGUUGUCAAAAACGUGGUCCACGCCGUCCGCUUUCCGCGGUGCAUGGGCCAUAGUGCCAAACACUUUUGGCAGCACGCGGGCGAGAUCGUGUCGUCGCGGCACGCGCUGCAGCUACUUCACGCGCUCCAGCACGCGGACCCGUCCAGACUGGCCGUGCCUAGACUAGGACAGACGGCCAAGCACCGCGCGCUCCAGGCGCGCGUAGCUGCCCGCUAUUUCGAGUCCCCUCUCGAUAGUGACACCCCCGUCGCGCUCUACCCAACGGGCAUGGCCGCUCUGUUCGCCACUGUGCGGCUGCUGCAACAGCUUCGAGGACGCGACGGCAGAGGCAUUUUGGUCGGCUUUUCGUACGUGGAUACGCUCAAGAUACUGUCGAGGCGCGAGUGGUGUGCGCAGGGCGUGCACUUUUUCCCCACUGGGUCCGAAGCCGACCUGCAGGCGGUGGAAGCGAUCGUUGCAACGGAGAAGAACGUGCUGGGGAUCUGGACCGAGUUCCCCAGUAACCCGUUGCUGUCGAUGGUGCAGCUCAAGCGGCUGGCGGCCUGUGCCCACGCACAGGGCACAGUGCUCGUGGUGGACGACACAGUGGGGUCGUUCAAUGUCAAUGUGAUGCAACAGGGCUGCGCCGACCUCGUGGUGACGAGUCUGUCCAAGAUCUUUAGCGGCUCGGGCACUGUGAUGGCAGGCAGCGUCGUGCUGAACCCGGCGAGUGUGAUGGCGGACGAGCUACGGACGGUCUUUGCACCGGACGUGGACUCGUUCUUGGCCGAAGACGACGUUGAGGUGUUGCUGGAGCAGUCGGAAAACCUGACUGAACGGCUGGCAAAGACAAAUGCAAGUGCGGCGACGAUUGUAGAGCGACUGGUGACGCACCCGGUGGUCAAGGACGUGUAUUACCCGACGCGGGGCGACACCAGGACCCUUUAUGAUCCAUUCUUGCAUCUGCCUGGAGAGACCGAUACGCCUCGGUACGGUCCACUGGUCUCUAUUUUGCUGCACGGUGGACUCGAGCCGGCGAAGGCGUUCUACGACACACUGACGAUUGCAAAAGGUCCGAGUCUCGGCACGAACUUUACUUUGGCGUGUCCGUACACGCUGCUUGCGCACUAUGGGGAGCUGGACUUUGUAGAGACUUGUGGCGUCGACCGUAAUCUCAUUCGCAUAUCCAUCGGCCAAGAAGACCCUGAAGAUAUCUGGGCUGAUUUCGAGCAGGCACUGGCUGCUGCUAGCGCUUUGGUGACGCCUGACCUUGCCGCAUCAAAGUGA